AUGGAACCUGUAAACCAAACAGCUGUUUCAAAAUUCUUUCUCCUUGGACUAACAGAUGACCCAAAACUGCAACCCGUCAUCUUCAUCCUGUUCCUGUUCCUGUAUCUGAUAACCAUCCUGGGAAACCUGCUCAUCAUUUUGGCUGUGAGCACUGACUCCCACCUACACACCCCCAUGUACUUCUUCCUUUCCAACCUGUCCUUCACUGACAUUUGUAUAAGCACAACCACCAUCCCAAAGAUGCUGGUGAACAACCAAGCACAGAACCACAGCAUCUCUUACACAGGCUGCAUCUCCCAGAUAUGCUUUGUCUUGCUUUUUGGUGCUUUAGAAAAUUGUCUCCUUGCAGUGAUGGCCUAUGAUCGUUACGUGGCCAUUUGUCACCCACUGAUGUACAUGGUCAUCUUGAAUCAACGCCAGUGUGUCAGGCUGGUUCUACUCUCUGUGUUCAUUACUACAGUCAAUGCACUGCUUCACAGUCUGUUGGUGCUGAGACUGUCCUUCUGCACAGAGCUGGAAGUCACAAACUUCUUCUGUGAACUUAUUCAAGUCAUAAAACUUUCCUGUAAUGAUUCCUUCGUCAAUAACCUUCUAGUAUAUUUGGUGACUAGCCUAUUUGCUGGUGUUCCUGUUUUGGGGAUUAUUUUCUCUUAUACUCAAAUUGUGUCCUCUAUCUUGAGGAUUCCAUCAGUUGGGGGAAGGCAUAAAUCAUUUUCCACCUGUGGUUCUCACCUGUCAGUUGUGUCCUUGUUCUAUGGCACAAUUUUUGGAGUCUACAUGAGUUCUGCGGUCAGUGACUCUUCAGUUAAAAAUGCAGUGGCUUCAAUGAUGUACAUUGUGAUUCCACAACUGCUGAACCCUUUUAUCUACAGUUUGAGAAAUGGAGAAAUACAGGGAGCAUUAACACAUCUCUUUAGUAGGAUACCUUUUCUCUGA